AUGCUCGACAGUUUCAGCGAGGAAAUCGGCAUGAUUCCUAACAAGAGCCGCAAUGUUCCUAUCAAGGCUCUGCGGCAGUUGGCCAUUCCAGCCGAAGGUCCUAGACCACCUGUUGUAAUGGCUGUCAAGCAAUUCUUGUUGCUAGCCUCUGGUUCGUUGCUCGUGCCAACAUUUGCUCGGAGGUGCAAGCUGGACUUUGCCCCAUACAUAGGUGGGAGUAUUGAGGACGUUAGGGUGUACGAUUGGUGUACCUUUAAUGUCCGUGAACUUAAGGUAGAGUUGAUUGUUGCGAAGAAAAAAGAACAUGUUGCAAGGGCCAAAGGCAAGCCAUGCGUGUGGGUUCUCAGAGAUUGCUACUUCUUGACACUCCAUCUGUUGGACUCCCUAAGCCUACGCGGGUUGCACACAAAGACCAUCCCUAACUGCCGGUUUUGGUGGAAGCAAAAUGUGGAGAGGGCAAGCACAUCUAUCCCCUUAACCGGGGGAAGAUAUGACCUAGCUGCCGAUUUGAUGAUUAGGGAAGAAAUCGCCUCUCGCAACCAGCUCCAGCCAGCGGCUACUGAGGGUACUAGUGCAACAGCGGCCAGUAGUUCAGCUCCUCCUCCAGCUCGUGCACCGAUGCCCACCACAGAAUGGUGGGAGACUGAAGAUUUGACUAGCCUUCAGCUAAAGCAGCUUAAGGGAUUGAAGGAAAUGACUGAGAGCAAGAUUGAAAAGUGGGUGGCUCGAUGGGACAAGGUCCAAACGAUUGUCGAGAAUUUGGAAUAG